AUGGAUGCGAUGGUGGUAACGGGGAUGGAUGUGACGGAGGUGAUGGCGGAGACGGUGGAGAUGGCGGCGGCGAUGGUGGCGGUGAUGGAGGUGGUGGUGAUGGAGGCGGCAAUGGUGGCUGCGACGGUGGAGGUGGUGACUGCGGUGGCGAUAAUGGUGGAAACGGCGGCGGUGGUGGUGGUGGCGGUGGUGAUGGAGGCGGAGGAGAUGGAGGUGGUGGUGGAGGAGAUGGCGGUGGAGGAGAUGGAGGAGGUGGUGACGGUGGUGGUGAUGGAGGCGGCGAUGGUGGCGGAGACGGUGGUGAUGGCGGUGAUGGUGGUGCAUCUGCUGGUGGAAGUGGAGGCGGGAGCAGCAGCAGCAGCAGUGAAGAGGAAGGCGAUGCUGAAGGCGGUGACGGAGGUGGAUGCGAUGGAGGUGAUGGUGGAUGUGAUGGAGGGUGUGACGGUGGAGACGGAGGUUGUGAUGCCGGCGACGGGGGCGAUGGAGGCGACGGAGGAGAUUGCAGCGGUAACAACUGUGAUGGUGGAGAUGGCGGAGACGGUGGAGGCGACUGUGGAGGCGGCGAUUGCGGAGGGGAUGGUGGUGGCGACUGUGGCGGCGAUUGUGGUGGAGAUGGUGGUGACGGCGGUGGAGACUGUGGCGGAGAUUGUGGGGGUGGUGACGGUGGUGGAGAUGGCGGAUGUGGAGGUGAUGGCGGGUGUGACGGAGGUGAUGGUGGCGAUGCUGGUGGAGCUUCGGGUAACUGCUGACGGUGGAGGCGGAUGCACAGGAGGAGGAGGAAGCAGUAGCAGCAGUGAAGAAGAAUGUGAUGGUGGAGAUGGAGGUGACGGAGGUGAUGGUGGUGGAGAUGGUGGAGGCGAUGGUGGAGGCGAUGGCGGUGGCGAUGGGGGUGGCGACGGUGGUUAUGAAGAAAGCAGCGUAGACCCCUCAGGUGGAAGCGUCAACAAUGUAUUCCCUCCUUCUCGCCCUCAGUACAUCCCAAUCUACAUCCCCAGGUGGGUCGGUGGGCAUAGUGGCGGAGACGGUGAUGGUGGUGACGGAGGUGAUGGCGGAGAUGGUGGUGAUGGCGGAGAUGGUGGUUGCGAUGGCAACGGAGGCGAGGGAUGCGAUGGUGGUGAUGGUGGUGAUGGAGGAGGAGGGGAUGGAGGAGAUGGCGGUUGCAACCUGGCUGGUGGUGACUUAUGUGACGCUGGAGGGAAUGGAGUUGGUGGUAUCGAAGAGAGAACUGGAGCUGGCGGUAAUGGCGGCGGGAACGGCGGUGGAGGAAACGGUGGUUCCACCAGACUUGGAUGUACUAAAUGCCCAGCAAAUAUGGUAAAGCAGUACAAGGAACAGUGA